AUGCGGUUGAUCAAGGUUAUAAACACCGAAACCAUAACAAGGAUGGUUAAUGGGUCAGAAGGUAGUAGAGGCACAAAACGACAGACAAUGGAACAACUUUUUAAUGCAAACGUCUGCCUUGGGUGUCUCAACAAAACAAGAAAUCAUUGGGUAUUACUCGUGAUCUACCCAACGAAGAGGAGAGUCACCUACAUUGACCCGCUACGUCAAGCGACAAGAAAAGAACUAAGAGAGCACGAAAUUGAAUGGAGGUUAAGCAUGAAUGCGAGGUGCGAUCCUCAAAGCGACCAAUGGAUAUUUGCGAGCCCAAAUUCGUACCCGCUACAAAAAGAUUCAGAUUCCUGUGGAAUCUACUGCUUAAAGUACGCUGAUGUUAUUCUCGGAAAGAAACUGUUCCCACAGACAGUCGACGCGGCAAGGGAAAGAAAUCUUCUUGGCACCUCUCUCAUCACAUUUUCAGAUGCAAUAAGUGACAUUUGCCGAUUUUGUGGCGCAGAGGCUACUAGCGAUGAUUCGGUUUGGUGUAAGAAGUGCAUUGACGAAAAGCGAUUCCACGUAGCCUGUUUGCCAUCAAGUAUGGAGCAGAAGGCGGAAAUGGCAAAUGGACUAGAAUGCUCAUCUCUGUUCAUACGUGAGCAGGGAACAGCGGCAUCAGCAUCUUCCACAGUAUCAGCAUCGGCAUCAACAUCAGCAUCAACAUCAGCACAUACACCACCGCAAGCCUCAUCAACUGAUACACAACCGUGGCACAGUCCAGAAUCCCCAUUCAUUUUGAAGCGUUGGAGCAAACGGAUUUCAAAAUGCCAAGGAUGCCAAGGGUCUUACAAGGACGAAUCAUUUGUAGUUUGCCACAGGGAGGGUAGAAGAAUUUUCAACAAAAUAAUCAAAAAGUCGAUGAUUGUUCACAAUAAUGGCUAUUACCAUGCAAAUUAUUCUUGCAUCAAAAGCCGCCACAAUUACUUUUCAACAACCAGUCUUGUUGUGCCACCAACACUGCAAAUUUCGAUUGCAGAAAAAAAUUUGUUGAACAGACGAGGAUUUUUAAUUUAA